AUGGUUGUUGUGGUGGAGUGUGGUGGCGGGAGAGUGAAGCUGAAUGUGGAUGGGUUUACUGUUGUUUAUGUAGAAAUUAUGCCUCCCGUUCCUAAAUACAAACACCUAUCCGGCCAUCAAAAACGUAAGAGGAAGAAGCUAGAGGAAGAGAAAAGAAAUGCGGAUGAAGUAAAACAAAACCGAAUACACAAGUUUUUUUCAAAAGAAACUCAAAGUUCUAGUUCUAACUUGGGUGAUGAUAAUGUGGGUGAUGAUAAUGUAGGUGAAGACAAUGUUAAUGCUACCGUAGAUGAAGAAGCUAAUGUGGGCAAAGACAAUAUGAACGUAGAUGUAGACAACAUGAACGCAGGUGAAGAUAAUGUUAAUCCCGUUCCGGAUAUUGAUAUUUUUGAUCCUAGAAAUUGGGGUGGGCUUAGUAAUGACAUGAUUAAAGAGUUGGUUAUGAAAGGUCCAAAAAGAGAUAGGGAUGUUGUUAAGGGCCCCGUGGAUAAAUUUGGAACACAUUUUUCUAAUACCAUGUACACCAGAAUUCUAUCAAAUAGGGAGACGUGCGAUAGAGAAUGGCUAGUGUAUUCAAAAAAACUUGACAAACUCUAUUGUUUUUGUUGUAAAGUUUUUAGAACGGGGCAUCCGAAAGGUGGGUUGGAUGAUGAAGGUUAUAAUGAUUGGAUACAUGCCAGUGGUAGACUUAAACAACAUGAAGUUGGUUUAGAACAUUUCAAGAAUAUGAAUGAAUGGUUUGAAUUGCACCAACGGUUGAAAUGCAAUGAAACAAUUGACAAAUCGGCAUAUGAGCAAUUUAGAAAAGAAAAAGAUUAUUGGAAACAAGUCAUCUUAAGGAUUGUUGCACUUGUGAAGUUUCUUGCAAAAUAUGGCUUAGCGUUUCGUGGGUCAAAUGAGAAGUUGUAUAAAAAAGGCAAUGGAAACUUUUUGGGUUUGGUUGAGAUGUUGGAAGAGUUUGACCUGAUUAUGAAAGAACAUGUGCGCCGAGUUUUGAAUGAUGAGUGUCAUGUACACUUUCUUAGCCACAAUAUUCAAAACGAGUUGAUACAAUUAUUAGGGGAUAAAGUUAGAACCGAAAUCAUCAAGAAGGUUAAGCAAGCAAAGUAUUACUCCAUCAUCCUCAAUUGCACGCCUGAUACAAGUCACCAAGAGCAAAUGUCCAUAAUUGUGAGGUAUGUGAAUUUUAACUCUAGUUCCGUGACCAUUGAGGAAUCCUUUUUAGGUUUUUUGGUUGUUGAUGAUACCACGGGUUUAGGACUUUUUGAAGUAACAUGUAAGGAAUUAGAGUCGCUAGAUCUUGAUAUUGGUGAUAUGCGUGGUCAAGACUACGAUAAUGGGGCAAACAUGAGAGGAAAAAACAAAGGAGUUCAAACUAGAUUUUUAGAAAAAAAUCCUAGAGAUUUCUAUAGUACUUGUGGUUGUCAUAGUCUAAAUCUAGCAUUGUCUGACAUGGCUAACACAAUUACUAAGUCUAAGGAACUUUUUGGAACAAUACAACGGUUAUAUACUAUCUUUGCCCAUUCUAUUAAUAGGUGGAAAUUUUUGAAAGACAAUGUUAAAGGAUUAACUCUUAAAUCAUUGUCUACGACUCGUUGGGAAAGUCGUAUAGAUAGUAUUAAGCCUAUAAGAACUAAACUUGGAGAUGUAAGAAAGGCUUUGCGAGAAGUUAGGGGGACGGAUAGAGAUGCUAAAAUCAUAAGUGAAGCUAAAUCAUUAGAAGAGUAUGAACUUGGUGAUUUUGAAUUUUUGGCACAAAUUGUCAUUUGGUUUGAAUUAUUAUCAAAGGUGAAUGUGGCGAGCAAACGGUUGCAAGCAAAAGAUGUUGUCCUUGAUGUUGUUAUUGAUGAAGUAGACAAAUUAAUUAAAUUCUUUAAGAAUUAUAGAGAAGUGGGGUUCUCUAAGGCACUUGAUGAAUCUAGAGAAAUUGCAAAUGAAAUAGGUGUAAAUGCGGAAUUUCGUCAAAAACGUGUGAUAUAUAGGAAAAAACAAUUUGAUGAAUCGUCAAGUGUAGAAGAAGUAACAUUUUCACCCGAGGAGGAUUUUAGAUUGAAGACUCUUGAUGAAGCCAAGCUUAAGGAGUGUUGUUAUCGCCUUGAAGAUGCAUUGAAGUAUGAAGGAGAAUCGGAUAUUGAUGCUAAAGAAUUGUAUACGGAGUUGAAGUUGAUUACUACAUUUUUACCGAGACACAUUGACAACCCUUUUGACGUUUUAGACUAUAUCUUCCAACGCAGUACUACUUAUCCUUAUGGUAUAAAUGCGUAUAAAGUGUUGUUGACAAUUCCGGUAACCGUUGCAUCAGCGGAAAGAAGUUUCUCAAAGUUGAAGUUGUUGAAGACCUAUUUACGUUCUACAAUGUCACAAGAAAGGCUAAACGGGUUGGCAACAAUAUCUAUUGAAAGUGAAAUAUUAGAUACUAUGGAUUACAAGGAGUUGAUCGAGAGCUUUGCUUCAAAAAAUGCUAGGAGAACCACACUGUUUGCUUAG